AAUAUUUACAAGAUAUCUUAAAGUUUUUAUAAUUAUGUAUUAUAUUUUGCCCAAACAAUUUAUUUUACGACAUCUUCGCCCACGAAAUAGAUAUGUAGCGGUUCUAUUCUAUAGUGCUUAAAUAACUCGCCACGGAAAAAAAAAUAUAAGUAAUAUAAAAAGUUUACAUAACUUUUGUUUUGUUUAAAGAGAACCGCUACCAAUCGAUGUCCUCCAUUUUCGCAGUCGGCUAAAUUUCUAAAACCUUCUCCUAAGUGUAACGAACACUUUAGCAUCAAAAUCGAUUUGCGAGACGCGAGAUAAUUGCGGACAAACAAUACAUGUAGGUCAAACUGAGAACCUUUUUUUUUGAAGGGGGUUAUAAAUUUUUGGAACGCAUACAUGAACUGAUCGUCCAUAAUAAGAUGAAUGUCAAUGUCAUGUGUCAAAUAUGACGUAAAUGGCCAACCAUUAGUUCAUUUCAUUCAUUCACUUCGCUUUUGGAGUCUUGUGCAUGUUGUUUGUUUUCUCGCAAAAAUUAGAAAGAUUUUUCAAAUUCAUCUAGGUAGGUAAUUGUAGUGCACAUGCACAGAGAUAAAGUUGGUGCAAGGGCACUGGAGCGGGAGUAAUCAAUCAAUGAUAGUCGGUUAUUGAUUUUCAAUUGCCACUCCAUUGCCUCGCUUCCGCGUCGGCGUUACUGAGUCGUGCCGACAAAGUGCAACAGUUGAAUUUAUCGAUUUUGUCAAUGCUGCGUAAUUAAAAACCUACCAAAGUGCAGUGAAAAUGGAGGAUAUUGCGAAAGAAUACAUCAAGUACGCUCGAUAUUUAUCUACAAAUGGCUGCUACAGCAAAGCCUUUGAUACGUACAUGCUCGCUUUCGAUAAGAACAGGGCACUAAAGCCCUUGUUCGAGGUGGAGUUUCGCGCCAAUUUCAUCCGGCUGAAUGAAGUGCUGGCCACAGCCAACAAGAUGGAAGAGAUCUUCUGCUAUUUCACGCGCGCCAUCGAUGCUUUUCCGGACAAUAUCCACCUUCUAAACGAUAUCGGCAAGUACCUUUACAAAUUCGCCUUCUACACCGAAGCAUGGUGUCAUUUUCAGAAAGCAUUACGUAUUAAUUACACUUAUGUAAAUGCUGAAAAAAAUCUCAACUCUGUUAAGAAUUUGCUCAUGGAGCGUUGGCACUUCCGAAUGCUUAAUGAUAAGGUCAGGAAUGAAGCUUACCGUAAAGCAAUCAAGGCUAAAGCUGUCCCAUUCAGAGAUAAUGUCCUUGAUGUAGGCACGGGGUCAGGGUUGCUCUCUUUGUAUGUGUGUGAGUGCUCUCCCAAGUCUGUCACUGCAUGUGAUGGGUCAAAUGUUAUGACCAGUAUAGCUGAGUCUGUCAUCAUGCAUAAUAAACGAUCUGAGAUUGCCAUCAUCAAUAAGAUGUCUACAGCCUUGACCCCCAAUGACUUGGGAGGAAAAGGCACCCUGCUGGUGACAGAGAUGUUUGACGCAGGACUAUUUGGAGAGCAUGUAUUGCAAGCUCUGGCCCAUGCAUGGGAUAACUUGAUGAUAGAUAAUGCCAGGAUUGUUCCUGGGAAAGCUGAAUUCUUUGUUGCCCCAGCUAAAUGUGACCACCUCAACCGCAAGUACCAGCUGUGCCACUCCAGCAAAGUCCUUCUGAACAUUCCCAAUGAGCAUGUCCACAUCAUACCCUUUGAAGAGACUUAUGAUUGUGAAGAUAUUCAUCAAAUCAAAGACAUAAAGUACAUGGCUGAUCCGAAAUCAUUACUGCAAGUAGAUUUCAAUGAUCAUGAGGAUAUCAUGGACAUUCUGAAUGGAAAGGACCCAUACCGGGUCAAAUUCAAAGCUAAAGAGGAUGGAGAGAUCAACACCCUCAUUGGUUGGUUCCACCUUUAUUUGACCGACAUUAUCACUAUCACCACCAAUCCCAAUGCCAAGAACAGAGCCAAUGCUUGGCAGCAAGCUGUUUUCUUUGAUAAUAUACCGACUCCUGUGAAGAAGGACCAGGUAACCACUUUUGAUUUCCAUGUAAAUGGGGGUAAAUUGAAAAUGCUCCCCAACACUAAGAAGGAAAUCAUGAGGAUCUCUGCUGAAACACUAAGGUUCCUGAAUGAUAUUGAAUUGGUGAAACUGAUAACUGGAAGUAUUGCCAUGAACUGUGUUUACCUUGGGCAAAUUGCUGAUAUAACCCUGACCAAUAUUGUGGAUCUCUGCCCUUUUCCACUUUUUGGUCUUCUCAUGUUGAAGCGAGGAGCUCAAUCUCUGAUAUGCUGUGCCAAAACUGAAGUGGAUAGUUCAUUCUUUGAGAAUAUCUUCUUGAUUAAUAAAGUGCCCCUGUCUAAGGUUACUAUUUUGGUAGGAGAAGAAUGGGGUCCCGAGGUGUUCAGAGAUGAGAAGUAUCAUGCCAUAUUUACUAAUAUCUUGGAUUUGUGGGGGGAUGUGGACUUGCGUCACAGGCACAUGGCCCAGCAGCUAAGGCAGAACAACUUGAUGCAAGGAGGUCUCUUCAUGCCGGCCGACACCAAGUUGGUGGGGCAGCUGGUCAACAGCCACUGGCUGGACAUCAACAACAGGGUUUAUGAUGAAAAUGUUCACAACUAUAAAAUUGCCCAGCACGUGAAUAAAUAUCAGGUGACUCAGAACUUCUGUAUUGAUUUCUCACACCUGGAGUACACACCUGUAUCGGAGCCGACUGUCUUGGGUUCUUUCAAUGAUGAAUCAGGCACAAAUAUUUUCACCAUACCAUUAACAGCUAAUGGGCCCAUUAAUGCUAUCUUGUGCUGGUACCAGCUGGAAAUCAUGGAGAAUUUGACUGAAAUAUCCACCAAUAGGAGGAACAGUUUCAUAGAUGGCAUUGUAUUUUUGGUUAAUCCGAAACUGGAAAUUAUUAAAGGGCAGACUGUGAAAGUUUUGCGCUGUAUGGAUGAAGAGGGUGCAUAUAAGUUGAUUGUUAAAGAAGAUGAAGAAGUCAAUCGUUGAAUUGAUCUAAUGUUUCUUUAGAAUUUUUGUUAUGGAUCUCAUUAUUUUGUUUACUGCCUAUUGCAUUUGAUCUAGUUAAUUGUUGAAACAUAUUUUUACUUACCACUACAUAUACAGACAUGUAAUGUUUAAUAUACACUUUAUUCUCUUUUAGUCUGUUUUCUAUCUACGUACUAAAUUUACAGGGUGUAGAAGAAGCCUAUUUAUUAUUGAUAUUUACUAUUUAGAAAUUAAGUAUAGAUUUACACCAUGCUCAUUUUAAUAAAUCCAUAUCUAAAAUUGUCUGUAGAAUCAAAUCAAAUCUAUCCCAAUUCUCCUUAUAUUAAAAAUAAAGUUUAUUGGCCAAAUGUUUAGAUUCAUAAAUAAAAUUAUAUAAAAAUGGUACCUAUAAUGUGCCAUUAGAUGUUUAUUGUUACUAGGUGCUGUUCUAGGUGAUUAUUUAAUUAAGCUUAAGUAUUCCACUUAACCCCUAUGAGCCGCCAACCCCAUUGCGAAUUUCAAGUGUUCUGCCCCACCGGCGGCUUGCUGGGGCAAAAUGGAAUGUUUUUCCAUUAAACAAAGAGUGAUUAUAUUUCACAUAGGUUUACUAUGUCCAACUUUUAACCCACAUAAUUAAAAUGUCUAUAUUUUUACAGGAAUUGUUAAUUUUUAGUUGCCUACUAUAUUAUAAUUGUUGUAUUUAACUACUAUUAACUUUGCUCAAACCAUUUUAUUAUUACCUGUCCAAGAGUUCAACUGAUUGGAUUCAUAUUUCUAUAUUCUUUUGUGGGAAAUACAGAAGUAAUAUUAGCAUGGUAGGAUAUCAUGGAUUUCUUCAAAUCUAGUCUAAGAAUAUAAUGAUAUAAUCUUAUACUGAUCUCUAUACCUACAUAAUAAUUUCAACUCUUGGUGUUUGAAAAAGUGAAAAAAAAAAAAAUAUUUUAGAAAAUAAAUAAUCUAUUUUGGAGAGCAUUUGUUUUAUAGAUGUAAAUGGAAUGGCGGGCUGUGAAAUGAGUUUGGUUGUUAGGACCAAUAUUUGUAUAAAGGUUUUCUGUGUUACGUCACAGACUCAGGGGCUAAAAGGACUGUAAGUAGCGCAUGACAAGAAGUAGGUAUGUACCUAUUUAUUUAUAUUGUACCUAGUGUUAGAUAUAAGGUUUAUUAGCGAAGGUUUAAAUUAUCUAUUACAAUUCAAAAAUCAAUCGUAAUUACUAAUUAGCGAAACUCAUUAAAAUGUUCCCUUGUUUCCGUACGAGAGCACAUACAUAUAUGUAUUUGAGAUGAAAGUGAUGUAAAAACACUUCUACUGGACGCCAGUUUGAAAGCUCUAGAUAUUUUAUAAGUCAUCGUCAGCAUUGUUGUUACCAAUCGGAUUUAAAUGUGCAACUUUCAGUGUUAUCUAAAUGUAAACAGUAGUGAAUAUUGAUGUGAUAUUUCUGAAACUUAACAUGAAAUAAAACU